GGCUACAUAAGUAGACUGCUCCUGCUGGGCUCAGAAAGCACCUUGGCUUCUCCAGGCAGGUCUCUCCAUUGCAGGGCACCGCUGGCUCCCCAGGGCUGUUGCCAGCACAGGUGGGUCAUAGCGAGGAGCUGAGGCAGCCACGCCGUUCCUGCUUCUGCUGCCUGUGUGGGCUUUGGCUCACCUUGGGGACUUUGCGCUCCCUGCAGCUAGGGGCUGGCUCAGGGCAGGAUCCGAGGACCCAGACAGCCAGUAGGACAGCCAGGACUCUUUUACUGGCUGAUUUCAUCCCUGGGGGCAACUUUCCUCAGCACCCAGCUCCUCUGGUGUGGGAUCCAAGGCCAGUCCAGCUCCUGCAGCCCUGGGGAUGGGCCCUCAGUAACGGCCUGAGCCAGCAAGCUCAGCGAGAACCCUGCUGUUCCCCAGGCCAGGUCCCAAGGCAGCAGGUCCCUGCCCAGGCCUCAUGGCGCUGGCUCCUGCUGACAUCCUGCUUGACGUGUGUGCCAGGGAGUGUGGGAUUUGCUACGAGGCCUACAAAGCGGCUUCCAAGUGGCGGGUGCCGAAGCUGCUGCUGUGCCACCACUCGCUGUGCCUCUCCUGCCUCAGGAAGCUGGUCUGCCAGGCCCGGGCCAUCUCCUUUGUGGUCUGCCCCUUCUGCAGGACGGUGACCCUGGUGCCCGAGCAGGGGUUGCAGGCCCUGCAGAACGACGAGGACAUUCUGCGGGAGGCAUCGGCCCCGUGCAGCCUGCGCAGCCCUGGGGUCCUGGCGGGGGCCAGCUCAGCCCCAGGGGUGGAGGAGAGGGAGGAGAAGGAGGAGGACGAGGCGGCCCCCAGCACCUCGGAGUACUCCACAAGCGCUUCCUCUCUCUCCCUGGACAUGGAGUUUAACUACGUGACCCAUUCGUCCAUCUUCACCAUAAGCAGCGUGGUCUCCCCGUACGGCUUGGCGGUGCCGGGCAGCCCCAGGGCCUGGAGCGGGCUCCACAUGCAGGAGGUGCAGAAUGCUUUCAUGGUGGGGCUCCCGGGCCAAGCAGCGUCCGUGGAUGCUCAACCACCCAUCUCCUCGGUGGAGAAUCUGCGCCUGUGCUUUGCCAUGGGCAUCCUCAUCCUCAUCAUCUCCGUCUUCUUUCUGCUGGUGUUCCUGAAGUAGGCCAGGACCUGGGGGUGCAGCAGGAGGGGCAGCUGGAACCAGCCCAGACAGAACUGACCCGGUAGCCAUGGUGGCAGGAAGCCAGGCUGCUGAUGGAGCAAUGGGGAGAGGCCUUUUCAGAUGGAUCAGCUGAGCUCUGACCUGAGACCCCUGCAGUAGCCCAAACGUGGUGGCCUCCACCCAGAGCCUCGCUGAACCACGUGUGUGGUGUCCUCGGUUCUGGGCACGCAAGGUGGGUUCAGCGUGGGUGCCAGAGGAUUUGCCUACAGCCAUCCAGCACAAGCCCUAAUAUGAAUAUUUGUGUUUCGAACAGAAGUGACAGUGGCUGGCCCGGGCUGUGUGUGUGGUUGGGGGUGGGGGGCCAGGCAUUGUGGGGAGGCUCCCCGGGCCUGGGACCAUCUGGAGAGACCCCUUUGGUGGUUGUUGAGAGCAAGAUGGUAAGAAGAAAUAAAGGCAGCUUCUCACUCACCUCCACCCUGGCGUGCUG